UAAUGAAAGGUCAAAAGGGAUGGUGAAAUACAUUUUAUUAUGAGAAACAGCAUUAUGAGAAACAGCACUUCAUACCCAAAGUACCUAUUACAAAAUAUUUACAUUUACUAGCCAAAUGAAUAAGAACCAUUGAGUUAAAUAACAUUAUUUCAUUGCUUUUAACAGUCACUCAAUGAAACAUCUGCCUUUAUAACUAUGGAAGAGAACAAUGUCAUGGUAUCUCCUCCCUACAGGAUGUACUGAUGCUUUGGUGGAAGAUUCACAUCAGUCAAAAACCACAAAAUAUUGUAUGUCGAUAUCUUGUUGCAAAAUUAAGACAAAUAUAAUCUUUUUCUCUCUCUGGUCUGUUUCCUUAUUUUUCGUCAGUGCUGUUUUACAUGUAGGUCAUCGUGGGAAGUGGGCGCAGAUACAGACCCCGUAGCAGAGCAUGGAGGACCGGCUCAAAAUAAUUUCCCUUGAUGGGCUAACGCUGCACUCGGUCGACCGCUGAGGCAGUGAGAGAGAGAAUGAAGGGCUUCCUCGUGUAAUUAGGCCUCGGGGCAUAUGGAUUACACCACAGAAAAAAAAAAAAAAAUGAUUGCUCACAACAACAGGGGAAUAAUGUGCUUACAUGUAAAUGUCGUGAUGUGUGUCGGUUUAAGUUUUUAACUGUAAGGACUGAGAAAAGACUGCUCAAUUAGCUCCCCAUAAAAAAUAAUCAAUAUUUGAAAGUUGUUAGUAUGAUCACAACAUAACGAUUGCAUCUUGUUAGAUCCAUGAUAUAGUCUUCAGAUAAUAACCUUGUUCUAUUGAAAUGAGCCGUUGUAAGGACUGCUGUUUAUUCUUCACUCUGAGGGGUUAAAGAUUUUUGUACGACAGAUUAUGAUAUCUAAUAUAGGUUUGCUGGUGAUGCGUCACACUCUCGCAGUCUCCUUCGGAACGAUCGGAACUCCCUUCCCUGGGAUUUAAGGCAACUUUGUUUGUUCGUUCAGGAGGUUGGAGUGCUGGACAGCUCCUCCGCGAAUUCAUGUGGGAGGAGCAUAAAGUGGACCGUCUCCAUCGUCUGAAUACACUCUUCCUUCAGGAUUGUCCCUGAGUAGCCUACCUUGGAAUUGGCAUCACCCCGGAGCGGCAAAAUAUGAUUUAUUUCAAAGGAAGCUGGGGCAAAGAAGACACUUAGGUGAUUUUUUCCCGCAAGAUUUCAUAGGAGAGGGGAAAUCUGGAUAUACCAAAGCACCGAGGAUGAAUACAUGUGGUUUUCAUAUCCUAGCAAUCUUUUUGUUUUGCCUCAUAACUGUUGACAUCGGCAAAGGUUUGGAAUGUACUGCUGGCUGUAACAAGGAUAAUGGGGUUUGUGAAGAAAAUGGCACAUGCAGGUGUCAGCCGGGCUGGCAGGGUGCAACAUGCAACCAGUGCGUACCUUUCCCAGGAUGUGUUCACGGGACGUGUGAGAAGCCAUGGCAGUGUUUGUGCGAGGAAGGCUGGAUAGGAAGCCAAUGUGACGAAGACACAAACCCGUGCUCUGCCAAACCCUGCUCUGGAAACUCCACCUGCAUCGAGACGGGCGAGGGAGGAUACCUUUGUGUUUGUCCUCCGGGGUACACCGGGGAGCGCUGCCACUUGAGGAGGGGAGAGUGCCUCAAGAAUGGUACUGUUUGCCAAAAUGGAGGUACCUGUCACAACGCGCAGGGCUUGGCAAUGCAUGUCACCUGCGUCUGCCCACCCGGCUUCACUGGGGGCUUCUGUGAGACCAAAACCGCCCAAUGCCACCCAAACCCCUGUGCCAACGGUGGGGUCUGCACCGACCACGGCCCCGUCCACACCUGCAGCUGUCCCCCUGGAUACAGCGGCCUCAGCUGCAACAUCAGCGCCCACGACCACCUCUCCCCCUGCUCCAGCAACCCGUGCCUCAACGGCGGCUCCUGCCUGAAUGGCACCGACGCCAGCUUCCGCUGCCUGUGCCUGCCCGGGUUCGCCGGCCCGCAAUGCACCCCCCAUAGACCCAAACCCAGACCCAAGCCCAAGCACCCGGAGCCCCACCACAACAACCUGUCCCCGCAGCACUACAGCCUCCCGGCCCACGCCUUCCACAAGCUGCUGCGGCCGCCGGAGCGCGAGCUGCUGAAGAUCACGCUGAAGGAGACGGUGCACGCACCGGGCGCGCUUGUCACGCGCAGCCAGCUGGUCUGCUUCGCCGUGCUGGGCCUACUCACCUGCCUGGUGGUGCUGGGCACCACGGCUAUCGUCUUCUUCAGCCGCUGCGAGGCCUGGAUGGCCAACGCCAAGUACAGCCAGCUGGUGAGGCAGCAGAGGGAGCACCUGCUGAGGACCAGCGGUGGCGGUGACGGCGGAGAGGAGCACUCGGUCAACAUCAUCCUGCCCGAGAAAAUCAAGCUGACUAACUACGGGAAGCAUUACACAUCAAUUUGAGCUCAGGGUGUGAGCGUGGCGAGUAGGGUUCGGAUAGAGAGAGAGAGAGAGAGAGAGAGAGAGAGAGAGAGAGAGAGAGAGAAAGAGCAUGUGUUUGUGUGUGUGUGUGUGUGUGUGUGUGGAGGGGGUCAGUGGCCAGGACCCAGGUUAUUGAGUCACAUACGUAUUUGGAUCAGGAGGAGAAGCACUACCUCUUGAUUGCCUGUGGUUAUUAUCAAAUCACCAUCAUGGAAACCUUAACCCAGAUCAAGAGGCAGGGGUCUCACCAGUGAGCGUGACACUUGAAUGUAAUCAGCAAACACUUUGUGCCAAAAGAGGGAUGUACCAACUUAUGUUUCAGUACAUGACAGUGUAUAAUGGACUGUAUUUAACUGUAAACAUACUCUAGUUACUAUAUUAUUAUUGUCAAAGACAUAUGGAAUUGGAUGUCAAUUUCUAUUUGAUUUAUUUAACAAUGUCUUUGUUUGGCCUUUGUGUGGUGUUAGUCCUGUAUAAGACCUUGGCUGCUGCACAGAAUUUUCAUUGACUGUAAUUUAGUUGUGAGAAGAAGCUAAAAGUUUCUUUUAAGUUAUGUCAUACUCUUCUACUCCUAAUUUUCUACAAGUCUGCAUAAUACUACAACUGAGGCUGGCUUUCUGUUUCAUUUGAGAAUAAUUUAAGUCUCUUUGAAAAAGACAUUUUAAACAUAAAAAAUAAACAUUUAUUUUGACAGUGUUGUAGACAGACAGGUCAGUUGGUGUGUGUCAAAGAUACAGGCAUUUAACAUGCCAAUAUGUAAAUGUAAAUGUAUGACAUUAAAAAUGUAAUAAUAACAUCA